GCUAUGAAUAUGGUUAGAAAUGGCUUUGACAUGCUGAUCAUAAUCGCAGUCCUAUAGUCAUACGAAGGCAAUAUCAAAGUUCUGUAACCAAGCAAUCGGACUAGCGGCUCCUUCAAACCUCGCUACGUCACGCGGUCUGCCUUUGCCCUUCUCCGACAACCUCGGCUCGCUCCAUACACUCAGCUCCCCGGCCCGCCGUACUAAGUACCGCCGACAAAAGCAGCGCGUGCGCAUCCCGCCUCGGAUCUGUUGAGAGCUAGUAUUUCAGAAUUCCUAUCUCUUCCAGUCGUUGCUUCACACACUCCUUGGUGAUGUUCAGUAGAGCAGCACGAGCGCGCCUGCCCGCCUCGAUACUUCGCAGACCAGUCUUGAACCAGCACCAGACACCUAGGAUUGUCGCAAUGGCUCCAGCCAGGAAACAGUCGAGUCUGCCAGCAGGCUACAAAGAGGACCACAGCAAGGGUGCCAUGCUCCGCUUCGAAGACUCCCUCCCACGUCUUCCCGUCCCCACACUCGAAGAAACCGCGAAACGAUACCUUAAAUCCGUUCACCCGCUGCUCUCCAAGACUGAAUUCGACGCGACCACAAAAGCUGUCGAUGAGUUUGUAGCCCCCGGUGGACCCGGCGAGACAUUGCAGAAGCGCUUGAUCGAGCGGAGAGAGCGGCCAGAUGUCAAGAACUGGAUCUAUGAGUGGUGGAACGAUGCUGCGUACAUGGCCUAUCGCGACCCGGUUGUCCCGUAUGUGAGUUACUUCUACUCGCACCGCGAUGACAAGAAGAGGAGAAACCCGGCCAAGCGCGCUGCUGCCAUCUCUACCGCGGUGCUGGAAUUCAAGAAGAUGGUAGAUGGGGGCAGCUUGGAGCCAGAGUAUAUGAAGAAGUUGCCCAUGGCCAUGAGCUCUUACGAGUGGAUGUUCAAUUGCUCCCGAGUCCCCAAGAAGCCUUCAGACACCGCUACCAAGUUCCCCUUCAAGGGAAACCAGCACAUUGUCGCCAUCAGGAAGAACCAGUUUUGGAAGAUUCCCCACGAGAUCAAUGGCAAGCAGCUGAACACCAGCGAGCUUGAACUGCAAUUCAAUCGCAUCUACGAGAAGGCCGAAAAAGCCCCCGCAGUCGGUAUCCUCACAUCGCAAAAUCGAGAUGUAUGGUCAGAAGUGUACCCUAAGCUCAAGGCCUCAGACGUGAAUGCAGCAACCCUCGAAGCCAUCGAGUCCGCCUCGUUCGUCGUCUGCCUCGACGAUGCCUCCCCGGUAACUCUAGAAGAGCGCUCACACCAGUACUGGCACGGUGACGGCGCAAACCGCUGGUUUGACAAGCCACUUCAGUUCAUCGUCAACGACAACGGCACCUCAGGCUUCAUGGGUGAACACUCGAUGAUGGACGGCACCCCUACGCACCGCCUGAACGACUAUGCCAAUCAGCAAAUCUUCACAAACGCCCUUCCAUUUGACGAUCCGAAUGUGCGCUCCGAUCUGCCCAACCCGAAGCCUCUCCGCUUUGAGGUUAGCAAGGAGCUACAGAAAGAUAUCGAUGAUGCGCAAUCACACUUCGCCCGCCAGAUCGGCGCGCACGAACUCCGUGUACAAGCAUACCAGGGGUACGGCAAGGGUCUGAUCAAGAAGUUCAAAUGCAGUCCCGACGCAUACGUACAGAUGAUCAUCCAGCUUGCGUACCACAAGUUCUACGGCAAGAACAGACCUACCUACGAAUCCGCUGCUACGCGUCGCUUCCAGCAAGGUCGUACAGAAACAUGCCGUACUGUCUCGGACGAGAGCGUGGCCUUUUGCGCAGCUAUGGCAGACCAUAACGCUACGCCUGAAGAGUGCCAGAAACUCCUCCGUGCAGCCCUCAAUGCGCAUGUCAAGUACAUCUCCGACGCGUCUGACGGCCGCGGCGUAGAUCGCCAUCUUUUCGGUCUCAAGAAAUGCUUGAAGGAGGGCGAGGAUGUUCCCGCGCUGUACCAGGACCCUGCGUUUUCGUACAGCUCCACGUGGUUUAUUUCUAGUUCGCAGUUGAGCAGCGAAUACUUCAACGGCUAUGGUUGGUCUCAGGUCGUAGACGAUGGCUGGGGCAUUGCGUAUAUGAUCAACGAGAACAGCAUUCAGUUUAAUGUUUGCUCCAAGGGAUUGGGCUCGGAGAAGAUGAGCUUCUACCUCAACGAAGCUGCGGGCGAUAUGCGGGAUGUUAUGGUGCCCACGCUUGAGGCGCCAAAGGCGAAGCUAUGAGUAAAUGGAGAAGGAGAUGCUGACCUCUGCUUCUGUUAUGUAUAUAUAUGGGACUUGGGUCACAAGCUAGAAGGAUAGAUUCGCAUUUAAACAACAGUUACCUAGCCAGCCAGGUAGAAAUAAACGCUUACCUUCAUGUU